UUACAAAACAAUAUUCUUGUGCAAGAAAUUUUAGUUCAAGCAGCAACAAAGAAUUUUUAUUUACUUGUUUUUAAUAUAGUAAUCUAAUUAAUUGAUAAAAAUGAGCGAAAAUACAACGCAUUUGUCAACAGCGCCGAAGCGAAAGCACGCAGAGGAAGAAGCAGAGUCCAUCGAAAAGAAUGAGGACAAAACGACUGAAUUGCUAUCUGCAGAAAAGAAAGCAAAAUUUCAAAAAGAAAAAGCAUCACUUCAGACAGAAAUUAAUGAAAACCAAACCGCGCUUGAUAACAAGCUAAAAACAAACGUUGAAAUAGACGACCAAAAGCAGGGUCAGUCAGAGAAAAAAGAUACACUGAUUAAUGUUGUAAACUUUAGUGAAAAAAUACCGACGAAUGAACAAGUGCCCACAGAUACCGCUACAAAUGAAAAAAACACUCCUAACAAUGUAGAAGCCAAUGAAAGCCCAAGUUUAGAUAACAAUUUAGAAAUUACGGAAUUAGCUAAAGAAGCAACAGAGUCAGAAAUUCGUGCAAAAGCGCAAGAUAAAAAUCACAAUGCACUAACAAAAGAAAUUGUAACGACAGAAGAUGCGAAUGAAAGGACUAUAGCACCAACUAAUGUAUACCGUGAGCAAUGUCAGUCAAUUUCUCUAGCAGGAAAAAUACCUUUGACGGCAGUUAAUGAAGAAAAAACUGUAAACGACAUGGAAAAGCCCAAUAUAAGUAUUAAAGCAAAUAAGCUGGUAAAAAAUUACAUCGAUAAAAAUGUGUUAAGCGAAGGAAAUCUUAUAAGUUCACGCUUCAAACCUAAAGGCUACCCGCCAACACAAAAAUUAUACGCCGUACUUAAGGAACCCAAGCAUUCAAAACCACCAGAACAUAUAUUGCAGCGUGAUGAAGCUACAAAAUUAAUGGCACAAAUCAAAUCCACACGCAUUUUAAUUCCAUCAUCUCUCAGUGUUACUGUGAAACAAUGUACGGAUACAAAUGGUAAUAAAAAUUGUGUUCUUCCAAAAAAAGUUAUCCAGCCAAGCGUUACGAUAGUACCUAUAGAAAAGAAAACAAAAGAUUUGGAAGGUAAUUCAAAAACUAAUAAUGGUGGUAAAAAUAAUAUUGGCAUUGCCUCUAACACAAAAAAUAUACCCAAAACAAACACAAUCUCAAGAAUGAAAGUUCCAAAAGAAAGUAAUUCUUCCAUUUACCCUACCGGAUUAAUUACGAAAAGAAUGGUUGUAAAGAACAUUUCAGGUGGCACAUUGGCAACAACCAAAAAGGCCAUGGUAAGCACACAACAGUUUACUCCAGCGUCUACUGCAACAACUUCACGAAAAAUUAUAGCGAUUAACAGAAACAAACUGACGCCUAUAAAUUAUAAAGCCCGAAACUGUGUGCUUUUUCCGUCACCUCAUAAUAAACCAAACGCCCACGAUAAGCCGAUAAUAACUUCCGUCGAAUACAUACCAAAGAGCCAUUUACUUUCUCUAGAGAGUGCUGCUGACAAAUCAAUAAAUUCAAAAUUAUUGAGUGACGAAAAAGCUAAUGGCAUUCAUAUAAACGACUUUGGUAUGGAAGACUUGACCAUAACAGCAGACUCCAUUAGCACAGCGCCGAAACCAAAAAAACUUAAGCUUUGUGAUUCCGCAAGUAUGCCGACCCUUACUCCUGCGUAUUUAAAAGCACUUUCAGCUUAUAUAGAAGAAGCAAAAAAAGCACACAAAGCCGCAUCGAUUGACCCAAAUUCGUCAACUGAAGAAAACUCAAUAAACAUAGAUAAGAGCCUUGAAAAUAAUCCUGUAACUGAAAACUCGAUCAGUAAAGAGAGCACUGACUUAGUGUUGGAAAAUGAGAGCUCAAAAGAUGGAAACAGUAAAGCCCAUGCAGAUGCAGUUGAACAGUUGGAUGUAAAGAAAAGCUCACAGGACGAAAGCACUAAAAGCAUGACAGAUUCAGAUGAGCAGCUGGAUGCAGAUAAAAUCUCAAAAACUGAAAGCACCAAAAGCAAUAUAGAUAUAGAUGAGCAGCUAGAUACAGCAAGUGUUGCAGUUGAAAAAGAAGCGAAUACAGAUUCACUGGAGAAUGAUGAUAUCCGAUGUAAAACAGUUGAAAUAACUAAUUAUGAAGAAGCUGAAGCAGAGGAUGGAAAAGAAGCUGAAAAAAAGAAAACCGAUGCCAACCACGGUGAAACGGAGCAAUGUGAGGAAAGAGAAACUCGUCAAUUAAAUGCCCUCGAAUGCAAAGCCACAAAAGAUGCAACGGGAUGUGCAGAGAGAAUGGAUGUGACCGAAAGUAAUGAUAUACAAUGUGCAGCAGAUAUUCUCGAACAGCUAGAUAAUAAGAACGGCGAAAAAAAUAAAAGCUCAGAAGAAAAUAUCACUCUAAAAAUAGUUGCUGAAAGUGAGAUUCCACAAAUUAAAGCAGAUGCAACAGCAAAAAAUCGUGAUGAACAAUGUGAAAUAGUUGUAGAGGAGAACGAGGAUCUGCUCGACUGUGUUGAGGGCAACAGUGAAGGAAUUCAUGUAGAAAAAGAAUAUAUGAACCAGAACAAGCCGCCUCAUUGCAGCACAGAUGAAAGCGAGAAAAUGGAAAUGGAUGAAAGUAGUGGUACUAAAGAUAAACUGAAACUAGCUACUGAAAAUAAGACUCCUCAAAUUGAAGCAGAAGUAUGUGAGGUAGUUGAAAAGCGGAAAUUGGAUAUUGUUGACGAUGAUGAUGAAAAUGAAAAUGAUGAAGUGGAAAAACAGAUUAUGAACCAAACCAAUAGUGGUACUAAUAAAGUUGAAUUAAAUAUAGGUUCGGAAAAUGUUUCUCCACAAAAUGAAGAGAACAAAGAAUGUAAACUUGUUGAAGAGAAGAACUCGAACUGUGAUGAGAUACAAAGUGAAGGAGUUGAUAUAGAAAACCAUUGUUUAGAACAGAACAAAACUACACAAUUUGACAUAGCUGAAAGUGGUAAAAUGGAAGUAGAUGAAAGUGGAAACAAGCAAACUGUAGUUGAUAACUCUGAAGAUAAUUCAGUGACGAAUGAUUCACAAAAAAACACUGUUAAUAACGAAUCGAUAGUUCUUUCGGAAAACGAAAGUACUAAAGACAGUUAUAUUAACUCGAGCUCUAAAGAUGAAGAUAUAAACUUCGAUACUGGCAAAGGAGCCAAACAGACAGGAGAUGAAACCGAUAAAAUUAACCUCAUUCAAAGUAGUUUCGCACAAUAUGAGUAUGAAAACAAGGGUAUAUCCGAAAGUUAUGCUACUCAGGGUAAAGAUGGCAAUAACAAACUGCAUUUGAAUGCAAAUAAGAGUGCAAAAAAUGCAAGUGAUGGCAAUAAUGUUGGUGUAUCUUCACAGUACGAGAUGGAAGGCACGCACACCAUAUCCGAUAUUGGAACUGUUUUAAACGAAACUGUAACUAGUGUUUUUAGUACCUGUGUUAAUUCGAAUAAAUGUAAUGCGUUUACACAGACCAAUGAUAGCAUUAUAAAUUUACUUAAAAAUAUUUAUGCUCUGAGGAAAAAAGUACGUAGACAAGCUGAAGAAAUUGUAUCAUUAAACGCUGCUAUGAAACUGUUAGAUACAACUAGUCUAUUGAAAACUGUUGAUAAUUGUUAACAUUUUACAAAAUAAUCAGGUAUAUAAAAAUGUAAUUUAUAAUCAGAAAAACUAUUUUUUUUUUUUU